CCACAGAUGGGCAAGAAGAAAAGACACAAAUUCCCAUAUCCUCCCAUUUUCCCAACAGAAAGGUUGCUGGAGCCAUGAUGCUCUGCUGGACACUCAGUGUAGGUCAGUGUUCCAGGGGAGGGCCUUGCUACUCUUCCUUCUAGGGCAAGUAUAAGAACAACCUUGUUGGUGGGGAGAUAAACAGACUACUUGGUGCCCGACAGUCUGAAUGUGGGGUGUCAGCUUUUUAACAGGAGUCAUCUGAGAAAGCUAGCUGCCUAAUACUUGGAAACUUUGAAAUCCCUGGGAAGUGUUGGCCCCACUGGCAGAAGGACGAAGCCAUCUGUCCAAAGGGAAGCUGAGUUUAUGUUUUAGACCUCCCUGCUGUAAGAAGAGUGUUGGGUGGUGAGGCUGGUUCCAGCUAGUACAUUUUUUCAGGCAACCUAGAGCGUGUUUCUACAGUUCUUUUUGGACAAUUCAACUUGUCAAGUUAUAUGAACUUAUUAAAUACAAAUACUUGGGCCCCAUCAUACUUAUUAAGUCUGAGGCAAAGCCCAGGUGUCUGGAGUAACAAGUUCCUUAAGUGAUUCUGAUGUUUAUGUGUGUAACAUUUCUUUUGGAACCCAAUUUUAGUCCCUUUCAGAUACCCAUUUUCUCCAGUCCCUCCAGCCACAGCUUCUAUAAAAGUUCAUACCUUCUUUUCUAUAGUUUCAAAGCAUUAAGAUUGAGCUAUGAAUAGCUCAGUGUCUCCAGCACUAAUAGCCUGGUAUUAAAUCAUUUCUAAUCAGCAGGAAUCCCAGGAGGCAAAUUGGACAUGAUCACGCAGUUGGAGGGAGAACAACUAUAGAUACUGGAUCUUCAGGGAGCUGAAGAGGGGAGUAACCAAAAAUACCUGUCUCGAUAGGGAGAGUUGAAAGGAACCAAAGCAUCAACACCAAUCAUGCAAUUUCUGAACAACUAGAGUUUUCAGGGUCAGCCAUGGAAAGUCUCAGAGGAAAUACUGCCCAAGGUCCUGCAAAUGAAGAAGCCUGUAAAAGUGAGGACCAGUUAUCAAGGCGGACAAAAUGUCGUGUACAGAAGAAAUCUUUUGAGAAAAGAGCAAUCAGAAAAGUGUCAAUGACCCUCAAGGAAAUUUUCACCAGGGAGAGAGGCCCUGAAUCCAGUGAAUUUAGUCUGAGCUCAAAACUUAAUACACAGCAGAAAAUUCCAAAGGGAACUAGAUCCCCCAUAUCUAGGAAAAACUCCAAAGAUAAUUCAGACUUAAUUAAACACCCAAAACUCUUCCCACUAAAGAAACCUUAUAAACGCAAUGAAUGUGGGAAAGCCUUUAGUUACCAAUCAGACCUUAUUGUCCACAGUAGAAUUCACGGUGGAGAAAAGCCUUUUGAAUGCAAUGAAUGUGGGAAAACUUUUAGCCGAAGUUCACACCUUAUUGAACAUCAAAGAACUCACACUGGAGAGAAACCUUAUGAAUGCAGUGAAUGUGGAAAAGCUUUUAGCCGGAGUACUCACCUUAGUCUACAUCAGAGGAUCCAUACUGGAGAAAAACCAUAUGAAUGUAGUGAAUGUGGAAAAGCCUUUAGCCGAAGCACUAACCUUAGUCAACAUCAGCGAACUCAUACUCAAGAAAAACCUUACAAAUGUAAUGAAUGUGGGAAAGCCUUCAGUGACCGUUCAACCAUAAUUCAACAUCAACGAAUACACACUGGAGAGAAUCCCUAUGAAUGCAGUGAAUGUGGAAAAGCUUUCAGUUGGAUCUCAUCUCUUAUUGAACAUCAGAGAACACACACUGGAGAGAACCCCUAUGAGUGCAGUGACUGUGGGAAAGUGUUCAGUCGAAGCUCAUCCCUUAUUGAACAUCAGAGAAUCCACACUGGAGAAAAGCCCCAUGAGUGUAGAGAGUGUGGAAAGGGCUUCAGUCGGAGCUCUUCCCUUAUUAUCCACCAGAGAACUCAUACCGGAGAGAAGCCUUACAAAUGUAAUGACUGUGGGAAAGCCUUCAGUCAGAGCUCAACUCUCAUCAGACAUCAGCAACUUCACAGUAAAGAGUAAUAUUUGAGCUUUCAUUAAUGUUAGCACAAGAGCACGCAGUAUAACCUCCUACAGCUGAAAAUAUAUAUAUAUAUAUACUUGUUUAAAUUUUCCUUCCUUACUAGCUAGCUAGAAGCCAGUUUUAAGCUAGCUUGCCUUCCUUUUUGUAAACUAAAUACUCAAAUGAGUGAUCAAUACAACAAGGGAUUGACUUUAAAAACUUAAUAUAUUCAAUCUAAUAUUCUGGAGUGCUCCAACCUUAAGAGUAUACAGCUACCUGACACUUUGCAUUGCUUCAUCUUAUCUGUUCCAUGGGAGUUGGGUCCCUGAACAACCAGUGAACCCUCUGUUUCCUAACUACAUCAGCCCCUUCACUUAAAGAGGAAAUCCUGUGUGUGUGUGUGUGUGUGUGUGUGUGUGUGUAUUUUCAAUGCUUGCUGGCUCCAGUAGCAGAAGAGAAGGAGCUAGCUUCAGAACAGGACAAAAAACUUCCCACUAGUUUGGGGACAAUAGUGUUGAGGCAAAUGCAGUCUCUGGACUUAUAAAGACAGAUUUUUCUCUUCCUUUCUCCCUCACCUUUCUUUGCUGUAGCAUAUUUUCCUCAAAGUAUGACCCUCAUAGUUCCAGUAAUGUGCCUAACUAAUCCUAGUGUUAUUUUAUCUCAUCCUUAGCAAAAAUGUCCUACAACUCUUAUGGACAUUUAGUUCCUCCAUUAUCUU